AUGGCCGCUUCUCUUGCAAGAUGGUGCGCCUUUGCGCUUUUGCAGUGUUGUCUGCUCUUAUCAUUCAGUGAUAACACUGUCGUCUGCUACCUUCAUUUGCCGGCUGUUCACAAAUUCAUAUUCGUUCAUAAAAGUCAGUCCCCAGCCAAAACAAAGCACAAAAGGGCGCGUUUUCAUUUGUCUAUUUUCUUUUUUCCUUGUUGGCUUAUUUUUUUUGUAUACAUAUUCUUUUUUCUUUCCUUGCUUAAAACUUUUUCUUUCGUUUUUUUUAUUUGCAUUUUCUUCCCGGUUUUCUAUUUCCUCUUUAACGUUUCCCGUUCUCUUCUUUCUUUCUUUCUUUCUUUCUUUCUUUCUUUCUUUCUUUCUUUCUUUCUUUCUUUCUUUCUUUCUUUCUUUCUUUCUUUCUUUCUUUCUUUCUUUCUUUCUUUCUUUCUUUCUUUCUUUCUUUCUACAAUUGCCCAUUUUUUUUUCAUUCUUUUUUCGUUCGAAUACAAAAGUUCUUUCUUUCAUCUGCAUAUUUCUAUUCUUUUUAUGACAUUUUCUUGCCUUCAUUCUUGUUUACUACCAUAUACGAAACUUGUUUCUUUCCUUUUUAGUAAACGGCUUUCUAAUCUUCUUUCUUUCUUUAUUUCUUUCUUUCUUUCUUUCUUUCUUUCUUUAUUUCUUUCUUUCUUUCUUUCUUUCUUUACUUCUUUCUUUCUUUCUUUCUUUAUUUCUUUCUUUCUUUCUUUAUUUCUUUAUUUCUUUCUUUCUUUCUUUCUUUCUUUCUUAACUUUUUUCUCCAUACUAACAUUUACACACUUUUCUCAUAUCUUGAUAACCUUUCUGCCUCCUCUCUCUCACUUUCUUUCUUUCUUUCUUUCUUUCUUUCUUUCUUUCUUUCUUUCUUUCUUUCUUUCUUUCUUUCUUUCUUUCUUAACUCUUUUCUCCAUACUAACAUUUAUACACUUUUCUCAUAUCUUGAUAACCUUUCUUUCUCGUUUGUCUCACUUUCUUUCUUUCUUUCUUUCUUUCUUUCUUUCUUUCUUUCUUUCUUUCUUUCUUUCUUUUAAUAAACAUUAUUGUUUGUCAUGCUCUGUCUCAACAUUGGCCAAAAUGGCUAAAGCGAGGUUAACAGAAGACAAGCACCGAGAUAAAGAAAGUUCAAAUUUCAUUGGACACUACUCUUAUUUCCAAAUAAUUUCUUCUUGA